AUGCGCCGCCAUAUUUCGCACGAAAUAGCGCAUCUGCGACCGGUCCUGCAACGGACCAAUCUGGCCGGAGUAGUCUACAGGUCCUACAGUACGGUCAAUGCCGGAGAAUCGAAGUCGGAUAGUUUUGUCGCGACCCAACCUGGUCAGAGCGGUGAGCUGCGCAACCCUCGGUCGGCGCAGGCCGUCCACCUCAAGCCUCUUCGCCGCACUGCGGAGCAUGGCAUUCCUUCGUGCGACCUCCAGCUUCGAUCCUACAGUCUUCAACCGCUCGAAUUCUUCUCCGAUUUUGCUCUCCGAGCCGCAUAUUAUCUAGGCCUGCCCGCAUUCGGGCCUGUGCCUCUGCCACGGAUCACAGAGCGCUGGACAGUUCCGAGAGAUCACUUCAUCUUCAAGAAAUCUCAGGAAAAUUUUGAGCGUAGGACAUUGCGGCGGAUGAUCCAGAUUCAGGAUGGAAACCCUGAGACCGUCCAGCUCUGGCUCGCAUAUCUGCGAAAACACCAGUACUACGGCAUUGGUAUGAAGGCCAAUUUUUGGGAGUUUGGGUCUACGAGUAGUGAGAAGUCGGGGCAGUCUUUGGAGGGCAGUGCUAGUGAGCUACUGUCCACUUGGGAGCAUCUUGGCCAGACCAAGUCAGUCACUGAGGAGGAGGCGGAGGAGAUGCUGCGUCGCGGCCGCCUCGGCGAUUCUCUGAAUCUGUCGCGUGCAAUGCCCCGCGCCUAA